AUGGCUCCCUGGUUCCUCGGGGCGGCCGUCCUUUUGAUCAUCUGCUUGACUGAGUCUGGUUAUGGCGCGUUGCAUUUACCGCUGUACAGAAGAGGAGGACGGCUGUCUCGACAUGAAACCGCCAACUUGACUCGUCUUGCUGCAAUCGUGUCGGAAGUGGAAGCUCGUUACGCACGCUGUCAGCGCGAAGUUGGGAACAACCGAGUUGUCCGCAGAUGGCGACCGUACGAAGGCAAAGACGAAAAUGAUCCUCAGCUCAUCGACGUCGCUGGACAUCAAGACCGAUGGUACGCGGAGCUACAAGUCGGCGAUCCGCCACAGGUCCUCGAGGUCGAUAUCGACAUGUUGAGUCCGGACUUCUACACCAUAAUGACAUCCAGCGGUACGGGAUCGAAAUACGAUACAUUUACGUCAGGGUCAUACGAAGAAACCCACGGCGCCAGCGACAGAGUGCACUCACUGUGUCGCCGUACCAGUGACCAUUUCCACUUUCAACAAGAGUCCAAGCAACAACGCCCGAUCCGUCUCAGUUUUCCCAUCUGCACGCCCUCCAAAGCAUCAGGCGCCACACUCGCGCACUCCGGGACCAUCCUCGGACUCUCACCAGACCACGGCGACGUCCACAGUCACAACGCGCUCUCCCGUCUUUCCUCCCCUUCUCUUCUCGACCAACUCUUCGAGCAACACAUGGUGCACCAGAGAGUAUGGUCGGUGACGCUCCUCGACGCUGAAUCCGGCAUCCUCAGCCUCGGCGGCACCAUCGCGCAACAAGUCGAAGAGGCAAAUGUCCGAGGAUCCGUCGAGCUCGAACACUUUGGUGACCCGCAGGCGACUUCGGACUGGGUGGAGCAGGAAGUCGCGAAGCGCAUCGACUUUCUCAUGACCCCUGACGCUCCGUGGGACGGGCACUUCAAGUGGACAAACACCCAAGGCGCCGCAGGCUGGUGGACGGCGCUGAUGAGCGGCGUGUGGAUCAACGGGGCAAAGGUGCUCGAGAACCAACCGGUGCUCUUCGACAUCAAUGUCCCUUUCAUCCUCGCGCCGCCUGUCGCCGCGCACCGGUUCUACGAGGCCAUAGGCGGCGCGAAACGACUGGAUCCCCCGCCGUUCGACGCGUUCUUCGCGAUCCCGUGUCUCAACACGGUCAAUGUCGCAUUCGAGAUUGGCGGGUGGAAUUUUCCCGUCAUGGCCGGCGAGGGGACGAGGGAGGAUGCACUCUACGGCCCUGCUGGCGGCAAGGUCAGCUUGGGCAAAGUGGGUGACGGUACGGGAUAUUGCGUCGGUGCCGUCCUCGAGACCACGAUGGGCGUAAGGGACGAAUGGAUCGCGAGUGGCGUGAGAGACAUGUGGGUGCUCGGAGAGCCGUUCUUCAGAGGGCUCGGUGUUGCGUUUGAUGUCGAAAAGGGCAGAGUUGGAGUGAGGGUUUAUUGA